CCGCCAUCUUUCCAACGUCAAGUGAUGACGUGGGACGUGAUGACGUAAUAUCACCAUGGUUACAGACUCAUUACAAACCCCACUCGCCAAACUUUUGGAUAUUUAUCGUGUUUUUGUUAUUAAUUCGUCUUUAAAAUGUUUUAUUUUAUUGAUCUUACUUACACUUGUAAACAGAGGACCGCUAUCUUUCUUGUUUCUUAUUACGCUUCGAACGCCUACGCAGCUCCAGUUGCAUUAUGGGAUACAUUAACGGACCGCAAGUGUGCAUCGCUUGCAUACUCAAACCAAUGCCCAAUAAAAUAGCGUUUAAAGAUUUGGAUUCUGACAUCUCCUCAGCGGAGUCGACUCUGACCGUUUACAUUAGAGAUUCAAGAUUCAAGAGUCGAUUCAAAUAACUGACCAGAGAACUCGCCAAACGACACCGCACUAGUAAACGACUCACAUGACAAUAAUCUCCUAAAUAACUAGACGUUAUAUAUAGUUCUACAAUAGUUCUACAAUUUACGUCUGAAGGUGAGUAGCCAUUAAAAUCAGUUACUGGGUUUCCUCUCCUUAUGUUUGUUAUCAAUCCAGAAUAGCGUUUAAAGAUUUGGAUUCCUCAGCGGAGUCGACUCUGACCGUUUACAUUAGAGAUUCAAGAUUCAAGAGUCGAUUCAAAUAACUGACCAGAGAACUCGUCAAACGACACCGCACUAGUAAACAGCUCACCUGAACGACAGGGAAGUCUGUAAACUUUAUUUCAUUAUACAAUUAACCUCCUAACAACUUUAAACGAGCAACCAUCAAAAUCAAUGACUGAGUUUUCUCUCCUUAUGUUUGUUAGCGCAAAAAUGGCUGAAAAGCUCCAAGCACUGAAGCAGCAGGUCUGCAGUUCCAUAGAUGAAGCUAAAGACACACUGCAUGGAUUAAGCAACACCAUAUGGUGCCACCCAGAGCUGGCAUAUGAAGAAAGACGAGCCCACGAUGCCUUGGUCCACUUUUUUACAGAGAAAGGAUGGACUGUUGAGCCACACUUUAAGUUGGAGACAGCUUUCCGGGCUACGUGGGGACCUGUAGGUGGUACAGAUGGCAUGGCUGUGGUAAAUGUUGGAUUCCUGUGUGAAUAUGAUGCUCUGCCUGUUAUAGGACAUGCCUGCGGGCACAACCUGAUAGCAGAGACUGGAGCUGCUGCAGCUGUGGGACUGAAGGUGGCGCUGGAGAGCCUGGAGGAGAGUCCUGUGCCAAUCAAGGUGACUGUGUUUGGCACUCCAGCAGAAGAAGAUGGAGGGGGGAAGGUGGAUUUGCUGCGGGAAGGAGCCUUACAGGAUCUGGAUGUGGUGUUUAUGGCUCAUCCCACACAGAAGGACGCCACCUAUGUACCAGUCCUGGCAAUACAUAGCGUUGAGGUGAAGUACCAUGGACGUGCAUCUCACGCAUCAGCGUAUCCCUGGGAAGGACUUAACGCACUGGAUGCAGCCGUCUUAGCCUACAGUAACAUCUCUGUGCUCCGGCAGCAGCUUAAAACUGACUGGAGGAUCCACGGUGUCAUAAAGAACGGAGGUGUGAAGCCCAACAUCAUUCCCGAUUACACCGAGCUGGAGUAUUACUUACGCACUCCAUCACACCAAGAUCUGCCCAAACUCAGGGCCAAAGCAGAGGCGUGUUUCAGAGCUGCUGCCAUUGCUACAGGAUGUGAGGUUGAGAUCCUCUUUGACAAAAACGAGUUUUUUGAAAUCCUAAGGAACCGGACUCUGGAGGACCUGUAUGAAGAGAAUGGGAAAGCUCUUGGCAUGAAGUUUACCACUGGUGAUUUUUCUGGCUCUACAGAUUUUGGGAACGUGAGCCAUGCUGUUCCAGGGAUUCACUCCUAUUUCUACAUCGGUACUGAUGCUCUGAAUCAUACCGAGGAAUACACGGCUGCUGCUGGUGCAGAUGAAGCUCAGUUUUAUACACUGCGUGCUGCUAAAGCCCUGGCUAUGACCGCGCUGGACGUGAUCUUCAGACCAGGACUGCUGGACAGAAUCAAACAGGAGUUUACGGAGGCCAAACUCAGAGAGGAGAGAGGACUUAAAUGAACAUACAAACAGUAUGAAGAAAUGUAUGGACCAAGAAACAGCAUUUAGUUUUGCAUCAAAAAAGGAGGUUUGAAUAAGGCUCGUAUUAGGAGUGUGGCUUUGAUCAGUCAGAGGAACUUUGAUGUCUAAAAAUUUACAUAUUUAGAAAGGCAGAUGGUUGACAAACGACUUGAAAACUCGAAUUUAUGUAAUAAUUAUAAGUGCACAUGCUUUUAGACAAGUGUACAGUAUAAUGUCAUUUAGCAAUCAUCAUCCUUUAGUUCAGGCUUAGUUGACCUCAACAACCAUAGGAACAGGUCUAAAAAGUAUGGAUGUUAAGCACAUAAUGUAAAUCAUAUGAUAUGCACACACCAACCUGAUUUCUUUAAUAAUAAAAAAUGAAGGAAUAAAA